AUGAGCGACGACGGUCACGAGUACAGUCCGUACUCGAUUGCGCGGGACGUCGCGUUGCCGCACUGUUGUCUGCGCAAGGCGGACGCCGAGAGCAGCGUCACCGCGGAACUUGGCGGUAUCACCGUGGCGUCGUGGCCUCUCUCGACCGAGACCGUCGCAGCGCUCACGACCAAGUACUCUGGCCGCAUACCGGCGCAAGAUGUCACCAUCAGUGGCCUCGGCAUUGCCGAAAACGAGUAUUUUUCCGAAUCCGACAUUCUCAGCAACUUUGAUCCGUAUCCCGACGGCGACGAGUUCGGCAUGACGUUCAGCAUGUCACUGGCGCAUGUGGCGAUCGACGCGACCGGCGACGCGUCGACGUUCAAGCCGGCAACGCAGCGACCGCCACGCUACACGUUUGCUACGGUUGUCUACUUCUUUCCGUCCAACUGCGUCGGCGGCGCCGUCACGAUCUCGCAUGGCCACCGGACGACGACGUACGAGGCACUUGACGCGCCAAUUACGUCGGGACAUCGGUCGUUUGCUGUGUAUCACGCCGUCUACGAUCUUGCGGACUUUGACUAUGCCGUAAAGCCGCGGUACGCACCCCCGCCACUGCCAUCGCUCCAAGAACUCCAACUCGCCGCUCGCCGCUUUGAGCCCGAUGGCCACAAUAGUGUCAUGAUCCGGCUUGCGACGCGCAGUGCGACGCCGACGUUUGGUCCGCUCACGGGUCCUGACAAGGCAAUUCUCGACCUGCUACUUGCAGCCGACGUCUUUGACAUUGCCAUUCGGUGA